AUGCGUUGUGGAAAAGAGUGCAGUUGUGGCUGCAUGGGGAAGGGAAGCAGAAUAUUUGCUUUUCAUAAGGUCUCUCUCUCUCUCUCUCUCUCUCUGGGCUGCUUCACUUUCCUCCCACAGUGUCAUUCUCCUGAAAGGCGCCGUGAACGCGCAAAGGCUGCUAUUAAGUGGGUUGGUCUGAAAGCGCGGGCACGCUCACCGCGGUUUGGAGGCGCACAUAAAAGUGCGUCAAACGCCGGCCGGUCCGCGGAAUUCUGCCUCCUCUCUGAGACUGGACCGGACUUGAUCGACAACCAGGAGCAGAACCAGAGCUGGCGCAGAGGAGCCCUUUGGUCCACGCGCGCAGACGUAAUGGCCUCUCACUCAGCUCGCAUCUGUCCCGACAAACGCUUCCUCAUCUUCUUCGACUUCGAUGAGACCAUCGUAGAUGAAACCAGCGAUGAUAUGGUGGUCCAAGCCGCCCCGGGGCAAUACCUGCCCGGCUGGCUGAAGGACACCUACCAGCCCGGCCGCUACAAUGAGUACAUGCAGCGCGUACUGGCUUACCUGGCGGAGCAGGGGGUCACCGAGUGCGACAUCCGGAGCGUGAUGGAGAAGAUCCCCGCCACCCCCGGCAUGCCCACGCUCUUUCAGUUCCUUCGUAACCGGCCCCCGCAGGACUUUGAGGUGGUGCUCGUGUCUGACGCCAACACCUUCUUCAUCGAGUCCUGGCUGCGACGCGCCGGCGCGCGCCAGCUCUUCCAUAGGAUCUUCACCAACCCAGCCACCUUCAACAAGGAUGGCAGGCUGGUGAUGCGCCCCUUCCACUCCCACGACUGCCAGCGGUGUCCCGACAACAUGUGCAAGCAGGUGGUCGUCAGGGACUACGUGGCACGCAGGACGCAGGAGCGCGGGCGCCCGUUCCAGAGGGUCUUCUACGUGGGGGACGGAGCCAACGACUUCUGCCCGGCCCUCUCCCUCGGACCACGAGACGUGGCCUUCCCACGAAGGGACUUUCCUAUGCACCGGCUGAUCACAGAGACCCACGAAGCCAUGCCCGGGGAGUUCAAGGCGGUCACGGUCCCGUGGGUCAGCGCAGAGGAGGUGGUGCAGCGCCUGAGGAAACUGGCUGCGGAGUAGGAGAUCCGGAGGCAAAAAAGCAGAAAAUGAAACUUAAAGAAAAUAUAAUAAAAAAAAAACAUUAUUGUUGAAAGCAAUAACCCUAUUACAGAUGUAUUGUUUUAAAGUGUAAAUUCAAAUUUCUCAUGGUAUGUUCAUGCGCAAUGGAAAUGAAGGAAUCGGAUUGAGCAAAAACACUCAUAACAAUCUGAAUAAAAUAACUGGUGUGAGCCAAGUAGACGGGUUGACAGGGUUUUUCUAAGCAAUAAACAUUUCAAUAAUGAUUAAGCAUCACCAAUGAAAAGUUGUGGCAGUUUGUUGGAUUUUUUUGUAAUUAUUUGCAUUAAAUAUGACUGAUUAAGGAUUCCACUGACAAUGGGCAUUAAAAACCAUGGAGUCUGUAAUAAUGUGCGUUUAGUGUCUCAUCUAGUGAUGUUCUUUUGUCACAUUCAUUGUUUUGUCUUCACUGUGUAGGCUUUGCCUAUACUGAAAAAUGCACCAGCAGGAAUAAAGCCAUAAAGAAAA